CGCCGCGCUGUCUUGUGCCGCCUGAGAGAACUUGUCCCCUUUUUUUGGCUUGACAAUACCUGCUUGUAUCAUACCUUAGACACUAAUAUUUUUCGUUCUCUCUCAUAGGCACGAGCCAUUAGCGCAGUAAUAUUAACUGGUUGUAAGUUUACAUAUUGCCAUUAUUGUUUACUCUGUUGCGUUCACAUAUGUCAAUCAAAAUUUUGAAGGAGAAUAUGUAUCUUCUAUUGUGAUGAGUCAGACUAAAAAAAUGGAUAGUUCUGCAAAACUAAAACGCCCGCUGAAGUUGUGGGAUUUGGAUAUAAAAUUGAAAGCUGUAGAAAAGAUUAACCGUGGGGAGGAUCUAAGAAGCGUUGCCAAAGACUUGGGAGUUCAUAGAAAAACCGUAAGACGGUGGGUAGCUAAUGAAACAGAAAUAAGGAAGUGGACAGCAGAUCACGAGGGCGGUUUUCGGAUUGGUACUAAGAGAAUGAGACUCCCAGAAUAUCCGAUGAUAGAUUGGGCCACUUGGAUUUGGUUCAAGCAGCAAAGGGCUGCAGGUGUUCCUAUCACAGGUACAACAGUACAAGCACAAGCAAGGUAUUUGUGGCAAUCAUCGCAAGGUGACAGCGAUCUACGAUUUAAAGCGAGUCCGGGGUGGUUGGCGAGAUGGAAACUGCGGCAUGGGGUGAAAAAGGGUUUGCUCUUUGGAGAACAAUUGGCGGCAGAUGAGGCUGAUGAUGGGGCGUAUAAAGAAAAGCUUGCACAAAUGAUUAAGGAUGAGAAAUUGACGCCUGAGCAGGUGUUCAACUGCAGUGAGAUGCGGCUGAAUUAUCGUCAUGUACCACGGAUAACGUUGAAUUCUUCUACUGUUACUACAUCUCAGGAAUCUACUGUAAAAAAUGAGAACCUCACAGUAAUGGCCUGCUGUAAUGCAUCUGGUACACUCAAAUUGCCCCUCAUGGUCGUUGGAAAUAAUGCAAAACUUCGUGCCUAUAAAGAUGUAAAAUCUCUUCCAGUAUUUUAUAGAAAUCAUCAGAGCGCUUGGAUGAACACAUUCUUGUUUGAGGAGUGGUUCCAGGAAGAGUUCGUACCUAAGGUGGAAAAAUUUUUAGAUUCCCAGAACUUGCGAAGAAAGGCCAUUUUAUUUAUGGACAAUUGUUCAGCAUACCCUAAUGGAUUGCGUGUCAAUGAAUUUCGCGUGGAAUUCUUACCACCCAACCUCACUACAUUGAUUCAACCGAUAGACCAAGGUUGCCUACAUGAUAUCAAAACCCUGUAUAAGGUCAAACUAAUGACUUUUAUGGUGGAAAAAUUGAAGAAGGGAGAUACUGUUCUUGAAGCUCUAAAAUCUCUGACGACGCGAGAGGUCCUUUUUUGGCUUGAUGAGGCUUGGUCUACAAUUACUCCGUCAACAAUCAUUAACAGAUGGAAGAAACUAUGGCCAAAUAUUGUGGAAAUCUUAUCCUCUGCCUGCUUAACACCAUCUGAACCGAGUUUACUGAUAAAUGAGCAUAGGAAAUUGUCCAAGGAAUUUCAUCGACUUCUCCAGAAUCACGAAAAUCAUGUAGGUAUCGAGUUAGAUGAAGUACAGCAGUGGAUGAAUUGCAAUCCACUUCUACAAAACGAUGAAUGCUUGACCGAUGAGGAAAUUCUGCAGAUUAUUGAUGAAGAAACCACUGGAAGACCUAAAGAAACAAGCGAAUUUCGUAAAGAAAAUGACCACGACGUGACUGUUGAGAGCAGUACAACUGUCACAGAGUUAUACAAAGCUCUAGAAUGUUUCGAUAAAGUCAUCAAGUUCUGUGAGAAAGAUGCCCAUUACUCACUAGGAGACUUACAGGACUUAUAUCGAAUUAAACAAAUAAUGAAAACCCAAGUUUUAAGAAGUAAUGCCGAUGAUGAUGAUGUAAUAUGUGAAGAUGAUUAAUUAUGAAAAGACUAUUAAGUAUAUUGAUAAUUUUUUGUGUUGAUUAUAUGUGACUCACCUUGAUAAUUUACCGUGGUUAAUUAUGCAAUGAAAGACAUUUAUAACGAAGGCAUAAAGUAUAAUGUAUAAUGUAUAAUUCAUUUCUGAAUGGAACGACGGAAAAUAAUUGUGAAAUGUCAGGUGAAAUUAUUAUUUAUGAUCAACACAUUGUUAUGAAAACCCUAACUUUGAUGAACUUCUGUAAGUUAUUGAAUUAUAAAAGUAUUUUCAAACAUUUUUGCGAAGAAUGCAAUAUUUAACGCAUCGAUUUGCGGCACUCAAAAACUUCA